UCCUCUAUCUCAUUGUAGCAAUUUAUUGUUAUUGAACGUUGGAAGUUUUCAUAUUAGUUUUAUACAACCAUGAAUACUAUAAAAUCCAGAACUGAAGAACAUCUUCAUAAUGUUUUAUCAAAUAGAUCUGAAAUUAGAUCUAUUGAUCCUUUACAUGUAGUUAAUGAUGAUGAUUUAUUAGCACAAAUUGGUUAUAAGCAAGAAUUAAGUAGACAUUAUUCUACUUUCCAAGUUUUUGGUAUUGCUUUCUCUAUUAUGGGUUUAUUACCAUCUAUUUCUUCUACUAUAUAUACUGGGUUAGAAGCUGGUCCUGUUGGUUUAGUUUGGGGUUGGUUUGUAGCUGGAUUUUUCAUUUUAUGUGUUGGUACUUCGAUGACCUUUUUAGGUUCAUCCAUGCCAACAAGUGGUGGUUUGUAUUAUUAUACUAAUUAUUAUUCUCCAGAUUCCAUCAGAGUUCCAUUGAGUUUUAUGAUUGCUUGUUCAAAUUCUCUUGGUUUAAUUGGUGGUAUUUGUUCUAUUAGUUAUGGUUUUGCAGUUGAAGUCUUAUCAGCUGUAUAUAUUAACACUGAUGGUAACUUUGAAAUUACCAAUGCUAAAUGUUAUGGUAUUUUCGCAGCAUGUGUCAUUUCAAAUGUGCUCAUUUGUUGUAUAACUACCAAACAUACCGCUUCUUUACAAACCGUUUCCAUUGUUGUCAAUUCUUUCCUUUGUAUUUUAUUCCUUAUUGCUGUCCCAGCAGGUGCUGGUAAAACCAUUGGCUUCAAUGAUGCUCAUUAUAUUUUUGGUGAAUUACAAAAUAUUAGAACUUGGAAUUCUGGUUGGUCAUUCAUUCUUUCUUUAAUGCCAGCCAUUUGGACUAUAGGUGCUUUUGACUCAGUCAUACAUUGUUCUGAAGAAGCAAAAAAUGCUCAAAGAUCUAUACCAUGGGGUAUAUUAGGAUCUAUUUCCGUUUGUUGGAUAGUGGGUUGGUUUAUUGUUAUUGUUUCCUGUGCUUGUAUCAAAGGAGGUGACACUGCAGCUGUUUUAGAUUCUGCUACAGGAUCUCCAAUGGCUCAAAUUAUUUAUGAUUCAUUAGGAAAGAAAUGGGCUGUUGCUUUUAUGGCCUUAAUUGCUAUUGGUCAAUAUUUGAUGGCUUGUUCUAUUAUGGUUGCUGCUUCUAGACAAAUCUGGGCUUUUGCUAGAGAUGAAGGUUUACCAUUUGUCUAUAAUUAUGUUAAGUAUGUUAACCCUAAAGUUAAAGUUCCAAUCAGAGCUACUAUGUUUGCUGGUAUCAUUUCUUUAUUAUUAGGUUUACUUGUCCUUAUUAAUGGUAGUGCUGGUUCAGGUGCUUUAUUCUCCUUGGCUGUUGCAUCUAACAUUUUGGCUUGGGGUACUCCUGUCUUAUUGGUCAUUUUACCAUAUGGUAGAAAGAGAUUUAUUCCAGGUCCAUUCUACUUAGGUCCAGUUCUUUCCAAUAUCAUCAAUGUCAUUACAGUUUUUUGGAUUGCCUUCAUUAUUGUCAUGUCAAUGUUCCCAGAUAGUAAGGAUGUUACUAGAGAUACUAUGAAUUAUACUUGUGCAAUUAACGUAAGUGUGUGGCUUUUAUCUUUAGUUUAUUACUUUGUUUGGGGUUACAGAACUUAUUCUGGUCCUAAAUCUAAUCUUGAAGAAUUUGAUAGCAUUAAUGGUGAUGAAACCAUUCAAAAUGUUGAUCAAAUCUUAUCUGAUGAAAAAGAAAAGGUCUAAUCUGGACCAUUUUAUUUAUCAUUUAUUGCUUAUUUUAUUAUGUUUAUUUAAUUCUUGCUUAAUAGAUCUCUUUGUUCUGUCCAUGGUUAUAUCUUUUAAUUUACAUUCACU